GGCGAGGCUGAACCGUUUGAGGAGACCAACGUGGACCGGCUGAUGAGCUCCCUGGGUUACGGAGGCGGAUCCACCGGCACCGGCAGCCUGGGGGUGAAAGCUCACCGCGGCUCCGACUCCUCCACACUCAGCUCCCAGCCAUCCAUUGAUGAAGUUCGCACGCAGAUGCACAUGUUGCUAGGCAACGCCUUCAGCCUGGCACCUCCGGACCACGACCCCCCUUCUCCUCCUACCAACAGCCACCACCAUCACCACCACCACGCCCACAGGGCCUACAAUCCCUCCCACACCAGCCACUACAGCGACGGGGUGACCAGCGCCCCUGGGACGAUGAACCAUCCCUGUGGGGGCCGGCAGAGGAGCGGCUACGAGGACAUGCACCAGUGCAGCCUGCCUAAACCGGGUUUCCGCUUCACCCAGCUUCCUGAUAUGGGCAUCGGAUCUCCUCCGCCUCUGAUCCCCUCCAGACCAGGACCCCCACCUGGGACCUCAUUACGACGGUAG